CCUAAACCCCGGAAAUGUGAAAAAGGAGACAUACUUUCGGUUGCGUACAAAAGGCUGUAUGUUAUUGAUUAAACAUGAUCAUCAGAUUCUACUUCAUCUGUGUGUUUGCAGUGCUGAUACACAAAGUGUCUCUUCAGGUCACAGUAGAGGCUGUUUUUGGUGGUUCUGUUGUCCUGCCGUGUUCUUCAGCUAAACAUGAUCAUAAACCUCAAGACAUUGAAGUGUUUUGGAGACACAAUGGCAGCAAGAUUGUGUUUGAUAUAAUCAAGGGUAAAGAUUCAGUAAAGGGACAAGACCCACGGUACAAGAACAGAGUUCAAACUUUCCCUGAAGAGUAUGUGAGAGGAAACUUCUCACUCAAACUCAACAAUCUUCAACACACUGAUUCUGGAAAAUACACCUGCUUCAUCUCACACUCAUCUGAACAUGAGACUGUGGAGCUGAUCAUCGACGAGACAACAACAGAAUAUGGAACCAAAUCACCAAAAACAGAAAAUGGAACUAAAUCAGCUGAUCAAGAAAACCAAAAUCCAGAAACGGGUUUGCUGUGGGUUUACAUCAUAAUAAUAGCCGUAUUAAUAAUGCUUAUUGCCUGUUUCAUCAUUGGCUGUAGAAAAAAAAUUCAAGCUGCUUUAUUCUCUCCUGUCAUGACUGAAGAUAAAGAACAGCGACAGAAAUAAAUGUGUAAAAGUUUUAAAAGUUAUUUUAACUAAAUUGUUACAGCUUUCAUCGUUUCAUUCUGGUGUCAGAGGCACUGUUUUGUGCUCUUAUAGUCUUGCUGUUUGCACCGCGUUGCUCUUAUUGUGAAACAGAAUGAGAUCUUCAAACAGGAAUUUUGUUUAAAAUUGAAGGAUGAAAGAUUCUGUUAAUGUUGUUAGUGCCUUAACAAUUCUGUUUCACAAGUUUUCCUUUCUUUGUUGUGUUUGCAAAUAUUAAAUAUAUUAGUAUUGUAUAUGUAUUUUUAUUUAAUUAAUAAUCUGAUUAAUUAAUUCCUGAUCCAUACAGUUUUCUGAAGAUAAACAUAAGCAUGGUACUCAAGCAUUCCACUAUAUAGUUCUACAUGCCUAAAGUAUUGUACAAAUUGUAUUUCCCUGUUGUUUUAACAUUCCACCAAGUCAUUUCAAUUAAAGUUUUUAGCAUGAGUAGUAUUACCAAACGUAUCAGCCAUUACAGGAACAUACAAUGAACUAAAUUAUUAUGUAAUACAUAAAAUAAAAAUAUGUAAACUUUUUAUGAUGAAAUAAGAAAUGAUUAAGCUAAUGUUUAAAAAAUCUUACAUGCAGACAUGUUAAGAUGUAUAUUUCUGACUGUAGUUUCCACUGGAUGACUAUGUUUAUAGCAGGCUGAUAAAUAUAUUUUUCUCCUUGCUGGAGUUUUUUCCCAAAAUAUGUCCAAAAAUGGAGAACUGUCUUCUAGAUGGUGAUUUAGUGGCAUCUUCCCAGUGAGCACUAAUGUACAUGUUCUGUUUCUGUCUUUGCAGGACUUGAGCCUAGUAUGAACUCAGGUCGUUUUUUUAUGUGAAUAAUAAAGUGUAUGUCCUAAUUCAGCCCUGCAUGUGUUAUUUGAUAUUUACGUUUAGGAUGCUCUUUCAGAUUUUGGGUAUAAUGGAGUUUAUUGGUU